AUGGACAGUUUUGGAGUUAUGAGGGGAAAAGUAUUGCCGCUUAUCAUCCUGGAUCUCGUCAAGGAUUCCAGAGUGCUUGGCCAAUAUUGGCUGUGGAGAAUAUCAGGACCUCGUGACGGUUUCUCGAUGGAAAUGGAAGCCCGUGAUCGGGCGACCCUUCUUCGGCGAACGAUAUCGAAUCGUUCAUUUUCAUCUCUGCCCAUAUCCUAUACCUCAUCAUCUUCGGUGCUUAAAUCCGAAACAAUCACUAGCCCGUACCCUCUAAAGGGGCGCGAUGUGGUUCUGGAUUUGGAGAGUCGAAGGCAAUACGAGGAACUUCGGAGAGAUAUUCGAAAGCUCGGCGGGAGAAUCGUUGAUACUGUUGACGAGAACAAAUUGCCGAAAAGAGAAGGUCAACUCUUAUCGCCCGAAGAUUCUGAUCCGCAUAGUUCACCUGGCAGGGAGAAAAGUGUGAAGUCUGGAAAAUCCGUGAAGCAUUACGAAUCCAAGGAGCAUUCGAUGACAGCAACCCGACCUGGUGUGUAUGAUGAAGUAGACAUGUAUAUAGGUGCAGUCGUAGACUAUGUAAUUUGUCCUGCUGCUCCAUUAUCAAUUCGGUUGCCUGAUAUUACUCCCAAGGAAGAGCCAAUUUUUCGGAACGAUGGUAUUCAGGAUUUUGAAUACAGUCUAAGGACGGACAAGUGCUCAUUACGUUUUUGUAGAACAGCGAAAAAUCUGUGA